AUGCCUCAAGCUGAGCGCAACGAGGUCCUUUUACACAAGCUUGUGGAGUCCUUUAGAACUCUACUUGACGAGUCUCUCGUAACAGCCAUAGCAAGUGACUAUGAGCUACACAAAAAGUCGGGGUUUGCUGCGGCCACUGAAGUUCUUCGAAGCCUCUCACAAGAUGUCCCUGCCGAAGAAGUUAGUGGUUUCAACCCCAGUGGCGUCUCUGGCUUCCAGGACGCCGAGAGCCAGGACACACCAGACACUCAAACGGUCACGUCUGCGACGAGCAUCAGCCAGCACGCUUCUGGCAAACAGGAGUCAAACUCUACCAGUUCCUCGUCAACUUCUGAUGCAGCCGACGCAACGUGGGUAGCACCACGAGUGACUUCAUUCAACAACGGUAGCAUCGAGGAUAAGUCCCUGCAGCUGCUUGCCAUGUUUCCUGAAAUGAAGGUAUUUGACGUCAAAUAUGCGCUCAAGAAGUGCAACAAUGAUUUCCAGUCUGCGCUGGAUCACCUGCUCAACAUGCAGUACCUAGAAGAAACUGGUCAGCAAACCAAGGGUAUCGAUGGAUUUGCCCAGCUCGCGGAGCCCAGAAAACAAAAGGGCAAAGUCAAAGGGCGCAGACGAAGAGAGCCCUCACCAGACACAAGAAACUCUUUUCCAGCAGAACUCAUUCGAGAAGCCAAAGAGCAAACAGACAUUGGUUACAUUGCAGAACGCUUCAAUCUCACUUUUGAUGCUGUCUCAGAAACAUACUAUGACAACGACUGCUCAUCCCCAUCCACCGUCGUUGCCAUUCUGGAUCAGCGACUUUCGGAGGGUCCCAACCUGGCUGAUGACGACAGUGCACAAGAAGCCGUCAACUUCUUGUCACGAAAAUACAGACAAGUUCCCGAAAAGUACCUCAAAGUCAUUGUAAACGCGACCAACGCCAUCAUUCCCUUCUCAGAGGACCUAGCACAGCUCGUCAGCACCCAGCUCGCUCGCGGCAAGAGAAAGAAGGGGCAAAAGAUGACCCUCGACGACAUCAGGAAACCCCUCCCUCGAGACCAGCUUGAAGGCGCGAGCCCCCUCUCUGCGCAAUCCCCCUCUCCUGCGAAGCCCACGGCCGCUUCCUCCUCACCCGCCGUCGCCGUCAAUUUCGCCGAGGCCAUCAAGACAUCGCAGGCGCUUCAUCAAGCGCGGCGCGACGCCGCGGCCUCGGCCGCCCAAAUGCACCGUAAAGGCGGCUCCCAUGGACUCUACCGCCAGGCAGCCGGCUACUACGCCGAGCAGGCGCGCGAGCACGCCCGCGGCGCCAAGGCCGCCACGUCGGCCGCCGCCGAUUUGCUGGUUGACGGGCAGAGCCACGGAUCCAGCAUCGAUCUGCACGGCGUCUCGGUGCAGGACGGCACACGCAUCGCGCGCCAGCGCGCGAAGGCGUGGUGGCAGCAGCUGGGCGAGUACAGGACUCAGGCGGCCAGGGUGAGCCCGCUCGUCAUCAUCACCGGACUCGGACGGCACAGCGCGGGGGGUGUUUCGCAGCUGCGAAGGGCGGUGGCCGCGGCUCUCGUCCAGGAUGGCUGGAAGGUGGAGGUGGGCACUGGAAAUUUUACAAUCAGUGGACGGCGCUGA